AAUAGAACUCUUUCAAAUUGUAAAUUUCAAACCUUAUCUUUUGUAAAUAGUGAUCUUAGAAGUCUCUCUGUAUUAGAUGGUGAUUUACAAGGAACUAUUUCUUCAUAUUCAUUACCACAAAGUUUAGAAGUAUUAAAUAUUGAAAAUGCACGAAGUAGUUUUUUACCAACACUUUCUCAAAUUCCAAAUUUAAAGGUGUUCAAUAUUCCCGAUAAUAUUAUCGUCAGUACUAACUAUUUGCCUGCAUUUGAAAAAUUAACAUUCGUUAAUUGCUCAAAUAGUCAAAUAUCAGGUACAGUUCCAGAGACUUAUUGUACAAUUCCAAAUAUAGACUUGAAAUUAAACAAAUUUAUUAGUAUUCCAAAUUGCUUCUAUUGUCAUUGGUCAGUCGUAUCCAAUUGGUUCUCUGGCAAUACCCAACCUCUUGGAACACCAAGUGGGUUUGUGUGUCCAUUUUCUGUAUCACAGAAUAUAUUUAGAGUUUUAUCAGUAGGAGAGAUGCUACCAUUUACAGGUGAUAAUUUAGGCUGGGGUUUAACUGGUUCAGAUCAAGCAUUACAUGUAGUAACUCCAAAUAAAGCUUUUUCAUAUGAUUUUCCACCAAAGUCUCAAGGCAUUACUGAAAAAUUAAUUUCUUUUUCAAGUGAGGUAUCUGUUUUAUUCAAAUGGGAAUAUUAUGACUUGACCAUUGGAAGUGUAGUUUUUACUCAAAAUUCACAAAAUGUAACUGUUGUUAUUAUCGGUCAAUUUGAUUCAUCUUCAAAAGUGUUUUUAAAUAAUAUCGAGUAUACUCCAGUAUCUCGUAACGUCACAACUAUCCAAUUAAAGCUUAACACCUCUUUUAAAGAAGGCUUUGUAGUUGUUAGAAUUCAAUCAACUAAAACCUCAACAGCAUUCAACUCUGUUUAUAAACGUUCUUUCCCAAUUAUUAAUUCAGCCUCCAUAGCUCCAAAAACAGGUGGUCAAGUAACAUUGUAUGGUAGCUUCUAUUAUUUGAAUGACAAUGGUGAAAUAAACCCAAUGCCAUCCACAAUUACACCUCUUCCAGAUACAAAUACUGGUAGAUCUCUUUUACAAAUUACCGAAGAAACCCAAGAUCUUAAAGUUUAUGUUAACGGUGCACAGUGUCCAAUUACAUUUUCAAAUUCAUCCAUUGUUAUUUUUUCUGCUCCUUCCCAAACAAAUGGUGGCUUUGUAAAUAUUAUAGUCGAAAAUAUAAGCUAUAAUUUUACUUCAAGUAAAGUUUUGUAUUAUGAGGUUGUAAAUAACGAGUGUUCCCAAGCUUGCCAAAACGAUGGUACUUGUGUAGCAGGUUCGUGUAAGUGUGUUGGUGACUACUAUGGUCCAACUUGCCAAUUGAAAAAGCCUGCUGCAAACAGUUAUAGCUUAAAGUCCGAUGAAACAAAACCAUCUGCCACUUAUUCAUUUGAAAAAGUUGACUUUGAAUUCUCUUUGAAAUCAGUACAAGAAAUUUCAAUCGAUGGAUCAGUUGUUAAACAAAUAAACACUACUGAUUGGAAAGCCCAACAAGUUCAGGUCGAAGGUUUAGGAAGUGCCACACAAUAUACAUCUACUCAAACCACAGGGGAUACUAGUAUUGAUGUUAUCGUUGCAAUAAUAGAUAAAGCUACAACUUAUCAAUUUGCAGGUGUUUCUAUGGAUUUAGAACCAAACCAAGUUAAAGUUUCAAUGAAUAUCAGCAACUGGGAUUAUGAUUCAUCAUUAAACACUUUAAGAGCAAUUUUCAUUUCGUCAUCAAAGAGCACUACGAAUGAAGAUAGUUGUCAAUCUAAUGAACAAGAGGUUGGUUCUCAAACUAACGGAGAUAGUUUACUUUCAUUUACAAUUAAAAGAAGUGGUGCUAUCCUUUUUGGUCAAUUUAUUAAUAGAAUGCUCUCAAAUAAAAUUAUUGCUUUUAGUGAUGUAGAGGAUUUAGGUGUAGUGUCAAGUAUAAACUAUGUUGGUAUUAAUAUGCCUCAUUGCAGUCAAUGUUUGUUAGACCCAGACUUUUCAGUUCUUGUUGAUCCCCAAUUUGAUUCAAAUGGAAGUUGUAAAAGUAAUAAGGCUUGGGUUGUCCCGGUAGCUGUAGUUGUUCCUAUUGUAGCAGUUUGUGCUCUUUCAGUUCUUGGUUAUAUUGUUUUAAAGAAACAUUUCUAUUUAUCAAGAGAUGGCAGAUCUUUUAAACUUACUCGUCGUGGAUCGAGACCCUCGAAAUAUAGUUUAGAUUCAAUCAAAUAA